GGUACCCGCUGCGGGGCUGGGUGGGGUGGCACCCAGGGUGGCUCACGCCUGGUUCUGUCCCCUCAGGAACCUACUGGACAUGGACACCUUCUCCAAGUCUGACCCAGUGGUGGUCCUCUUCGUGCAGGGCUCAGGGAGCAGCGAGUGGAAGGAGUUCGGGCGCACCGAGGUGAUUGACAACACCCUGAACCCCGACUUUGUCCGCAAGUUCGUCCUCGACUACUACUUUGAGGAGAAGCAAAACCUCCGCUUUGAUGUCUACAACGUGGACUCCAAGAGCUGCUCCAUUUUAAAGCAGAAGGACUUCCUGGGCCAGGCGUUCGUGGCGCUGGGGGAGGUGAUCGGGUCCCAGCGGGGCCGCCUGGAGAGAGCCCUCACGGGGGUCCCAGGAAAGCGGUGUGGGACCAUCCUGCUGCUGGCCGAGGAGCUGAGCAACUGCCGGGACAUCGUCACAAUGCAGCUGUGUGCCAACAAGCUGGACAAGAAGGAUUUCUUCGGAAAAUCCGACCCUUUCCUCGUGUUCUACCGCAGCAACGAGGACGGCACCUUCACCAUCUGCCAUAAGACGGAGGUGGUGAAGAACACGCUCAACCCGGUGUGGCAGCCCUUCACCAUCCCCGUGCGCGCCCUCUGCAACGGCGACUACGACCGGUACGGGGACCGGGGCAGCCGUGGGGCCAGAGCGGGGUGUGAGCAUCUCUUCGUGGGUCUGGCCCCGCGGUGGCAGGCAGCUCAGAAUUGGGUCCUUAUUGGUUUUUUUUUUCCCCUCUUCUGCAACCCAAAUUACAUAAAGGCAUCCCCCCUCCUUUCCAGGGCCCCCACCGUGACCCAAAUUUCCUGAUUCCCUCCCAGCAGAGACGCA